AUGUUAACGAGCUCCAAGGUCAUCUUUGGAGCGCCUUGGAGCGCACGAGGAUGGUCAGCAGUUGACGACAGAGUGCGCGGGGGUUCGAGCAUCUCUCACCUUGAUCCGAUCGAUGAUGGCCGGCGAGCGCGCUUCUGGGGAACCUUGGACACAAAGACACUCGGAGGAGCUGGCUUCGCGUCUCAGUCCUACCUUGGCCGGCUCAGACUUGCCAGGUCUUCUUAUGCCGGUUUGGAAGUCCGAUAUGCGGCCUCCACGGCCAAAGAGGGUCAACCGACUCGAUUUGUGAUCACGCUCAAGCAAACCGAGCCGGAGAAGCGAUCUGAUGGUAGGAUAGAGUCUCGAACGAGCUACGAGUAUCGCUUCGAUGCGGCUUCGACGAGCUCGAGCACAGUCACCAAGCUCGCAUUGUGGAGUGACUUUGAGCCGACUUACCGCGGCCGAGCCCAGCCUGAUGCACCUGCACUCGAUCCGGCGCAGAUCAGAGAGCUCUCUGUCAUGUGCCGAAGUGACUUUGCCCGUCAAGAGGGCGACUUUGAGCUCUUUCUCAUCAGCAUCAGCGCGGUGAGCGAUAGAGCAAACUCAGACUCAGAGAAGGCAGCCAGUUCCGGAUGGACAACGAGACUGUGGGUUUGGCUUCGUGCGUGGUACGACUACCUUCUGGUGCGGCGACCGCGAGAUGGUCAUGUGAAGCUCUAG